UCAUUUAUUUAUUUAUUGCAGCGAGUUAGAUUUUUUACGACAUAAAGUUAAAGGGUGUGCACUUGAAAUAUCUGAGCGAUUAAUUUCCCCCUGAAUUUAAGCCUUUACCAGAUUGUUCAACAAUAAAGGCAAAUUAACGUUGGGUUUGGUUACGUCUGUGUUUGAAAGACUACCAGGAAACGGUUAUCCGUUGAUGGACUAAUAAAUAGCCAUUUGUAGCCUACUGUUUUCAUAUCCAGAAACACCAAAGCGUCGGACGGGUGUGCAACAUUAUAUCGUAAUGGUCUCGCUUAAUCUGAACAAUGAAAAUACAAAAUUUACAAAUACGUCCAUACGUCUGUAUGAUGUUCUAAAAUUUUAGGACAAUCAAAAGUGGUAUGUGGUCACAAUACGAUUAAAAGUACAUGUAUGUUUGUUCAUCUUCAGAACCAGUGUAUUAAAUCAAGCUCAUUUAAAAAGUUUGGAUUUGUUGGUGAACAAGUGAACUUUCAAGAAAGGAAAUAAUUUCUUUCUUUCCAGGGUUUAAAACCAAUCAUUACCGCGGUUGACGGCGUAAUUAUAAUAGAAUUAUAGCCUAUUAUAGUAGCCUACACCAGUACAAUUUAACUGUAACCAACAACCAUCAGAGUUACGCUUUUAAAGUUGGUAACAGCAUUUGCUAUAAGUUGAGGUUGUCCUCACACUCGCGUAACACAAACGUGAAGCAAAUAUUUGGUUUUAGAGUGCAGUAUUUUAAAAUUGAAUGAACAAGACAAAGUAAAGGUGGUUUAUAGUCUAUAAUCCCAUCGUCACUAACUUGGUCGUCAAAAAUACGUGACUAAAUAAACGCCACAGAAUCCAGCUCUGACUUGUGGCAAAUAACCGUUGGGAUCCGAAUUUACAGGUUUGUCUGUGGCAUGGCUUAAAAUUUAAACAUGAACGACAAAUUACGAAUAACUGAUGAACAAAAUCUGUAUUCUACAGACAUCUUGAAAGAAGGCCCAUAAUUACACACAGGCCUAUGUACAGCUCUUUUUGUGUUGGUAAUACCAGGUUCGUGUAACAAUAGGAAAGAUACGUAACUCGUGGUCUUUACAGAAAGAAGCGUCCUGCGAAAAUAUGCGCACCCUUAAAACAUAUCUGCCGGGCAAUUAUAGGUGUUGAAUCUGUCAAAUCAGUUGUGGUCACCCACCAAAUCAGAAGGAUCAUGUUUAAUUUAACAAAAAAGAAGAGUGUUUCCUACAACAGAUCGCCUCUCCUGAUAGAACUUGUGCCGUAACAAUCUUGGGCCAGGCUCAGACAACUAUUUCUAACUGAUUUUAGAAACCUAUUUUGCAUUUAGGAGGUCCAUCACUGGUACUUCAAAUGUUUCAGAAGCGGGUUGUGGCCUACACGUUGCGUUUUUUUUUUGUCUGUAGGAGGGUCGGGUUUUGUUGUGACAACCCUUGGAAAAGUGUGACGGCCAAAUCACAUUCUCCUGCAAAAAUCAGGUUAAAAUUUUAGUCCGUUUGGAACAGGUCGGCCAGAAUGGCCCGGCGAUUCGGCCAGGAGAGGCUCCGCCUGUUAGACGUUCUGCUAAUGGGCUUCUGUCUGGUUUUCACAGUGGCUGAGGAUCCAAGGGAAUGCCGGGAGCAAGAAUAUAAGGAUCAGUCGGGGAGCUGUGUGGCCUGCCAGCGGUGUGUCGCUGGACAUGAACUGUCGAAGGAAUGUGGCUUUGGCUACGGGGAGGAUGCCCGCUGUGUGCCCUGCAGGCCCGGGCGCUUCAAAGGGGACGGAGGCCUGCAGAAAUGCAAGCCCUGCCUGGACUGCGCGCUGGCUAACCGCUUCCAGAAGGGCAACUGCUCCACCAGCAGGAACGCCGUGUGUGGGGACUGCCUGCCCGGGUUCUAUCGGAAGACGAAACUGAGCGGUUUCCAGGAUAUGGAGUGUGCGCCCUGUGGGGACCUGCCCUCUCCUUACGAACCGCACUGCAGCGGCCGGGUCAACCUGGUGCCCCUCCAGUCCACAGCCUCCAGCCCGCGGGACGUGGCCCUGGCCGCGGUCAUCUGCAGCGCGCUGGCCGCCGUCCUGCUGGCCCUCCUCAUCCUCUGCGCCAUCUACUGCAAGAGACAGCUGCUGGAGAACAAGCCUGCCACUCUGGCGCGCUCUCAGGACGGGCUCUACACCGGGGCGGAGCUGUCGCGCUUCGACCGGCGGCGGCUCCACGAACUGCCACACCCGGCCUGCGGUCACUGCCACCUGGGCCCCGGCCCUGCCUGCAACCCCCUGACCCCGGCCCCAUGCUGUGAUGAGACCUGCAGUCUGGGCCAAACCCGGGACGCCGGUGCGUGCCAUACCCCAGCAGGCCUCAACGAGGGGUUAACAUGGACUUAUUUUGCCUAGUGCUACAACCCUUGAACCCCCCCUUCCCCCCCCCUCACCUGGACAUGAAAGGACUACUGCCAGAUCCAGUUUCAGAUCUGGCCCACACACAGACUCCCCAAAAGUAUGGCGGGCCCCUUUUGAAACGGCUCUGUGGCCCCUGGACUUCGAGUGUGGCGCAACGCGGUGCGGACGGGUCCAUGUAAAAACAGGCCAACGGCAGCACCGGACGGCAAACCCGCCGGAGCAGAGGACCUGAACCACUCCCAGCACCAAACAGAGGGCGGGGGGGGGGGAGGGGGGGGACAGGAGGCGAGUCCCAACUCGGCAGCACAAAGUUAAAAACGACGACUGUGGCCUGCCCGUUACAAAAAUCAAACAUAUGUUACGAGCGUACUUUUUGUUUCGACCUGCCAAAAGAGUACCAAAACCAGUGGCGCGCUGACGAAAAUGAAAUGACUUGAUGACCAUCUAAACGCAUGUGGUUCGACUGAAGUUUUACAGUAAAGUUUAUUUAGUUCCAGGAGGCCAAGGGAGGGGAAGGCCCCCUUCGCUCGUACACUGUGACACGGCGCACUUCUGGAGAAAAGCGGCGAAUGAGAAACACGGAACAAGCAAAGACCACAAAGAAAGUCUGGAAUUUUCUUCCGGUGCCGCCCCACUUCCUGUAAAUACUGUAAAAUACGAAAUAGGAUUCUGAUAUUUUUGUAAUGUAGAUUCACUGCCCAGAAAGGCCAAUAACUCAAAGUCUGCCUCAGUUUAGAAGUUGAUUUAGUAUUUGAUAUUUCCGUGAGUCUGCGUUUACACAUAUUUUUGUAAUGAAUUUGUCACAUACUGCUGUCUGUAUUUGUAAAUAAAUCCUGCAGACUGAG